AUGUCGGAAGCAGACGAGUCACCUGCGCAAAGGCAGGCCCGAAUCCGCCGUGAGAAGCGCGAAGCCAAAAUCAAGGCUGGAGGCAGUGAGCGGCUGGAGAAGAUCACUAAACUGAGUGGUCGAACACCUGAAAUGAUGCGAAACAGUUCUCCCUCUCCUUCCGCCUCUCCUGCUCCUCAAUCUCAGACGCCACCGAUCACUUCUCAGCCUUCCGACCCUUCUCAAAUUCGGGCUCAAGAGGAGUUUCUUCGCUCUAUGCUCCGUGCUCAGGACCCGCAGCAACCAGGUCAAGCUACAGACCAGCAACAGCAGCAAAUGCCAGAAGAUCCGAUGAUGAAGCUGCUUUCUUCACUUGCUGGUGGGGAGAACAACAUGGAUCCUAACAAUCCUACUGGCCUGCCAUUUUCGCCGGAGGAUAUUCAGAGCGCAACUGGUAUGCCAUCUUGGGCCACGAGUUUGCUGAUGGGUGGGAAGGGAAAAGUGCCACCAACGGUAGAGGAGAGGAAAAUUGCUACGAUAUGGAAUAUAGUUCAUGUUAUGUUCUCCAUUCUCGCUGGUGCCUACCUUCUUUUCGUUCUUGGAGGUGCCACGAAGAAGUUUGGAAAGGAACCACCACCUCCUGCAACGGCCAAGAACCCCUUUCUUGCAUUUGCGCUCGGAGAGCUGCUGAUACAUACUUCCCGAGUAUUGACGAAAGACCCCGCAAGUACUCAAAGAGGCAAUGGAUGGCUGCAAAUACUGAAGGACGUUGCCAGAGAUGGCAGUAUCGUGCUGUUCAUGCUGGGUGCUGCUAAUUGGUGGAAUGGAACAGCCGCUUGA